CCAAAGGUUAGUGGCAACUAUUUGUCAGGGUGUCAGGACACAUGAUGAGAGAAAGUUUCACUGUACCACUUACGAUGGUGCAAUGAUGAACUGGGGAAAACUUUUAAAAAACAAAAACUUGAAUAGAAGUGAAGUGAACUGCAAGUUGCUGGAGCAAGUACUGGGCUACCAGUCUGAUCAAGCACCACUACAGCCAUGGAUCCAGAUGGGGGACACAGCAGAGAGCAAGCUUGGAAGUUGACCUUCAUAUGUAUCGAUUCAUAUUUUUGUAAACAGUCAUCACUUCCAUUGAAAGAGAGGAAAGCUGCGGCUCUUCCUCCUUGGACCCUAUUAUUCCAUUUGCUACAGUCAGAUUUUCACUGCACAGCGUAUGCUGUGUUGUUUAGCUUGUGUUUGGGAGUUUUGUCCUUGGAAUGAACCAGUUUGUGUGUGAGUGUGUGGCUCGGAUGUCGUUCUUGGAGAAGUUUCUCUGAUAAACCUGCUAUGUAAGGCAUGACAGUGUUGUUCCGUUUGUCAGUCUGAUGCUCCCUCGUUGGUGUCUGACCUUUACUGUGCAUCUUCGCUGAUUUGAUGAAGGCCCAGUUGGGAUAACAUGUCUGUGUUCCUUUUCUUUCCCUGUGUGUGGUCUGUGUGUGUGGGCUUCCUUCAGUGUUGAGGUUUUCAUUCUCCUUGAUAUGGACACAGACACAGCAUUUUUUAGAUGGAUUAUCGUGGAAUGUAAUUAAUUUGUGGUUAAAAACUACGAGUGACGAGUGACUAGAUCGUUGAUAAGGUAAAGGUGAUGAAGAAUAUUUUACCUUUCAUAAGAGAGGCAGAGAUUAAUAAUAACUAAUGCGUAAGUGCAGAAUGGUGCACAAACACAGAGUGAGUAAAAAGGUGAGAGGAGAAGAAGCACUCAGUUCCUGAUCCAGCACUAACUAAAGCCCUAUGCUGGUUCCACAGAAGAGGGGCCUGAAAGCUCAAUGCUUUGCCUCCCAUUCUGCUUUUACAAACCCUUCAAGUAGGCCCCCAGUCUGAGAGUAAAGGCUCUAUUGGGGUGAUACAGUUCUAUAACGUUGUUAAGAUAAGAUGGGGCCUGAUUACCAAAGAUAUUUUACUUAAGGAGCAGGAUAUUGAAUUCAAUUCUGUAUUCAACAGGGAGCCAGUGAAGGGAAGCCAAGAUAGGAGAAAUAUGCUUGGGGAGGGAAACAGAUUAACUACAGAUACUGAUACUGUGACAGCCUUCGAAUUUGAAGUUCCCAACACCCCCUCAAUUAAAGAGAGCCUAGGAAAUCUGAUUUAAAAAGUCACAUUUUUAUUUUUUAUCAACAACAACAAAUACAAUUAAGGGGAAAUAAUCCUAUGUAAUGCUGUAAACAGCAGGUCUGUUCAAUAGUUUAGUUCCAAAGGGUCACUUCCCUGUUCAUUUGUUCCCCUUUUGGCAACAAGGGAACAGCCAACGAGUAGUCCCUCUUCCUCUGCACAGCAGCUCCUCCCAGUACUGCUUCCUGAUCCACUCUGUGGUACAGAAACAAACAAAGACUGGUACUUUGCUUUUAAACAAACUGCAUCACAGACAUCCCAGCUGAUACCAACUAUGGAUAUCACUCUCAAAAACAGAUUUAAAUGGUGCUUUAUUGGCAUGACAGUUUAUAAAAACUAUAGUUACAAUCUGUGAAUGCUCAAACUACUAACUUGGUUUGUUAUAAUUGCCACUGAAAGAUGGUGAAAGCUGUAAUCUAAGGCUAAGGCUACAUCUUUGCAGUGUUGUGAUUGCAGACAUUCCCAGCUCUCUGUGAACAGCGCUAAUCGGUGGUCAUGAGAAACUUUCUUGACGCAUGCUCGUCAUCCAAGUUAAUCCCUGUAAAUCCCAGAAAGCUGAUUGGGAGAAAGUCACUUCUUCAGCGCUUCUUUGUAACUGUUGAUUGGUUCACAGUCCACACCACACGGUGGCGGUAAUUCACUGUGUGGUUUCUUGCCAAACACCAAUAAACGCGAAGAAGAAGGAGCAGGAGCAGCAUGUCUGCAGACAGUGUCCCCGCACAGACGUCUGAAUAUGCAAACGGAGGAAACAAGAGGAUACCGUGUCCGUUGCACGCCUGUAAGAGAGUGUACCGCGACACAAGUGCUCUGGAGAGCCACAUCAAAGAUCAUGAUAUCCCGGCUCAGUCUCUACCUGGUAAAGUGCUGCUGUGCUCUACUGUCGGCUGCGGUGGUUCUUUCUCCAACAUGCAGAAACUGAUGGAGCACAUGAGGCAUCAUCACAAACCCAACAUUUUCUUCCAGUGUGAAAGCUGUCGCACUAAGUUGCGCUCAUACCGUGGCCUGCUGACUCACCUGCACACCUGUUCUAAAGUCACACGGAGUAAAACGAAGCCUGUUGAACAGACACCCCCUCAGCUUGCUGCUGUUACCAACCCAAAACCCACAGAGCAGCACCUCCCACGGCUGGAGUCGGUGUCUGCACCCCAGCAACUGCCGCCUCAAAUCCCAAACCCAGAUGGAGCCAUCCGCCCUGCUGAUCCUCAGGCACACUCCUCAGCCCCACCUCUGCUCAGUUCCCCUAUCUUGCAUCUCCAAGAAACCUCCCCUCUUCAAAACAUUAAUGAAGCUCGUACUUUGCCUAAGGAAAAAGCCCCUAACAUGCCCCCAUGUCUAAAGAUGGAUGGUCCAAAAGCAAGCGCUGACCCUCCUGAGUUCCAGGUUCAGCACCAGCCACAGACCAGGUCACCUGAGCCCAUCCCUCCUGCUCCAGGAUCAGCACCUCAUUCUCCUCCUGGGUCAUCGGCUAUCUGGAAGAAGAGUCCAGGUUUGGCCUGCAGCAGACGCAUCCUUUGGGAGCACACCAGGGGGCGCUAUACAUGUGUACAGUGUGGCCAUGUAGUAACCAACCGCAAGGAAAUGACCCUGCACAUCAGCAGUAAACACGGCACCAUCAAAGCUGUAGAAGAUACAGGGAGCUCUGCUACUAACACUUAGUGUGGCAACUCUAGUUGUCUGUAUGUGUCGAGGUUUUAGCCAAAUUCUGAGUGCUGGCUGUGCACAGCAGGGUUGACUCAGAGCGAAACACCCGCAGGAGUUAUGUGCAUGUAUCUGCUUGGGUAAUGAUGCUAAGAAAAUUGUAUAUUACUGUUUCUGUAGAGCAUCUAACAUCUUCACCUCUUGAAUAAAAGGUUCAGACGUUUUUGUGAAA